AUGGCUAGUGAAACCCCCAGAUUAGACCCCACGGAAAUCGGCAACAGCAGCUCGUCGUUGCUGUUCCGCAUUGUAGCACAAGUGAAGUCGCAACCCAGCGAGUCCACGUUGAUAUUGGCAUCGCCCACCAGGGCCAACGAGAUGAUCACGUUGGAUCACGUCAGGUUUUCCAUCCCCAAUAAGACCUUUGAAGCGGGCAAAUGGUACGAGUUUAUCUGCAGGGGCAACGACCAGGGAGAAGUUGGGUUCUUGAUAUUGGAUUCCAUUCCCUGUGUGUUAGGCGAGGAUGAAGAGAUCAGUUUAGAUGCCAUUGUCGCAUUACAGAAUCUAAAUAAGAAGUUUCCUGAAAUAUAUUGA